CAGUAACAUUCUUUUGGUUUCCAAUUUCAGAGCCAAAGUUUGCAAUUUUGGACUGGCAAGAACAAUGGAGAAUCAAAGACGACAGAGGACUCCAACUGACCAGACAUGUGGUCGGUACUCAAGGUUACAUGGCGCCGAAGUACAUCGAGAACGGAGUGAUUACUCCUAAGCUAGAUGUGUUCGCGUUUGGGGUUGUCGUAUUGGAGCUCUUAUCCGGAAGAGAAGCCGCUGCUGCCGGCAAGGAUGGAGGAGAUCGUGAGGAAUUACCAUUUGCAUCCAUAAGACUGGUUCUUGAAGGAGACAAUGUCAGAGAUAAACUGCGAGAAUUUGUUGAUCCUUCUCUUGGGCAUGAGUACCCUCUGGAUUUAGCCUUCUCCAUAGCCCAGCUUGCUAAAAACUGUGCUGCGCAUGACCUCAACUCUCGCCAGGCCAUGGCAGAAGUUUUCAUGACUCUGUCCAAGAUUUUGUCGUCGUCAUUGGACUGGGAUCCAUCUGAUGAGCUCAAACGUUCCACAUCAAUUGGUCAAACUCAUUCUAGAUAGAGGGCAAUUGGAAUGGCAUAUGCUCUUGCGCUCCAGAUUGAGAUGCAUAAAGCCCUGCUGUAAUCCUGUCGGGAAAUUCCAUGAUUAAUUUACUGAUCAUGAUGCAUACAUAAUAAUGGAACGUAGUAUUUGUUCUCUCUCCCUGGUUUCCAACUUAGGAUGAGGUUCUAUUCAAGUGUAUGAAUAUGAAUAUCAUGUUCUUAAUGCUUUCAAAAACAUUUUAAUCAGAUUAUUGUAUUUCAUAUCUCAUGUCCCUCCUUGACCUUCCAAAAUGGUUCAGUGAGAUGCAACUGGGUAGACAAUUGUAUUGUGCACAGAGAAUUUUUUUUUUUUUUUUUUUUUUUCCGUUUUU